CCACUGAUCCAAACUAUUCUUACAUACCCUUCUGUAGAAGGAUAUAGUUUGGGUCAUGUUAGCUCCAAAUUUGACAAGCAAGCUUGUAGAAAAGCUUUGUCAAUUUUUGUGGUUCUAGAUGGACAACCAUUUAGUGCAGUUGAGGGGGAAGGUUUUAAGUACUAUUCUAAAGUAAUGUUGCCCCAAUUUACUCUCCCAUCUAGGCGUACAGUAGCUAGAGACUGUUUUCAGCUACACUUGGAUGAGAAACAAAAACUAAAAGCCUUCUUUAAGUCUGACUGCAAUAGAGUAGCACUUACUACUGAUUGUUGGACUUCUAUCCAAAAUCAAAACUACUUAACCCUUACGGCACACUUUGUGGAUAACAAAUGGAACUAUCAAAAGAGAAUUAUAAGCUUCACAGUUAUUCCAAACCACAAGGGUGAUACGGUAGGUAGGAAGAUUGAAGAGGUGUUAAGGGAUUGGGGAAUUAGGAAUGUGUCUACUAUAACUGUUGAUAAUGCAACUUCAAAUGAUGUAGCUGUAGCAUAUUUGCAUAGAAAAAUAUCAACUAUGAAUGGGAUGAUGGGGGAUGGAAAAUGUUUUCAUAUGAGGUGCGCUGCUCACAUAUUGAACUUGGUGGUAAAUGAGGGUUUGAAAGAUAAGCAUUUGUCUAUUACUAGUGUUAGGGAUGCUGUUAGAUUUGUCAAGUCCUCACCUCAUAGGGCAACCAAGUUUAAAGAAUGCAUUGAAUUUGCUGGAAUAACUUGUAAAAAACUAGUAUGUCUCGAUGUUUCAACUCGUUGGAACGCGACAUAUUUGAUGCUUGAGGCUGCAGAGAAGUUUCAAGCUGCUUUUGAUAAGCUUGAGUAUGAAGAGUCGAGCUAUAGGGAGUUCUUUGGAAAAGGUAGUCCUCCUAGUAGUGAUGAUUGGGACAUUGUUAGAGCUUUUAUCUCUUUUUUAAAGUUAUUCUAUGAAGCAACUAAUGUUUUUUCCACCUCUCAAAGUGUGAGUUUGCAUAGUGCUUUUCACCAAGUGUCUGCGAUCUAUUGUGAGCUGAAGCAAGCUACUAUGAACUUGAAUGGUGUUUUUGCAAGUGUGGGUGGGGACAUGAUGGAAAAGUAUAAUAGAUAUUGGGGGUGUGCUACUAAGAUGAACAAGUUGAUUUAUUUUGGAAUUAUUUUGGAUCCAAGAUACAAGUUGAGUUAUAUUGAGUGGACUUUUAAGGAUAUGUAUGGAGUCGGAUCUGUGUUUGCUACCGGGUUGAUCAAAUCUAUAAAAGAGAGCUUACAAAAAUUGUAUGAUUGGUAUAAGCAAGCUUAUGACCAAAAUCAUAAUAGACAACCUCUUGGUAGUAGUGAAAACAAUGUUUCCAAUGAUGAAACAACAGCUGGCCGUCCUUCACUAAUGGCUAGAGCCGAUGCUUUUGAACAACAUUUAGAGGAACAAGACUCGAUUGAUCAACAAAAUGAGCUUGAGGGUUUUUACUCUAGUAAGUGUGUCAAAAGGGAUCCUAAAUUUGACCUUCUUGUGUGGUGGAAACACAAUAUCCUAUUUUAUCUACAAUAGUUAAAGAUAUUUUUGCCACAUCAGUGUCUAUGGUUGCAUCAGAAAGUACCUUCAGUACGGGAAGGAGAGUCUUAGAAACUUAUAGGAGCUCCCUAAAACCUGAAAUGGCAGAGGCAUUAAUUUGAACCCCAGAAUUGGUUAAAGCCGUCUUUUACCUAUUUCAAAGACUUAAACCUCAUGGAAGAUUUUGAGCUUUCUGAAGAUAUUAUAGCAGAAUUUGAAGAAAUUUCUUCUACAGCAAGAAGAGGAUCUUUACCGUCUCAGCCACAACCUUCUGGUUGUGCUUGAAAAAUAUGGAGGGUAUAUUUACUUUAUUAAUUUGAUUUAUUUAUUAAUUUAUUCCUUUUUAAAGCUUGAUAUUUUUCUUGUUUAAUUUUUCAGUUCAACUAUGUUUUUUGAAGUCA